GCAGCGACAGAGCAGAGGGGUCAUACAGAGCCUCAGCAGUCACAGCAGGCAGACUACUCAAGGGUGCUGCUCACUCAGCUUCAGAAGGGCCAGUUGCCUAAGCUGGAGAUACCGGUCUUCGACGGCGAUGUAACGAAGUAUCGCAGUUUUGUUAGAGCUUUCGACUCCAGAGUCGCCAGUAAAACUGAUGAUCCCGACGAGAGGCUUUAUUAUCUUCAGACCUAUUUGCGCGGGAAGCCUCUUGAUAUCGUACGUGGAUGCGCGCAUAUGUCAGAUGGGUCGGGUUAUCUGGAGGCCAGGCGCCUGCUCAACAGGCGAUAUGGAGACCCUGAUUCGGUGUCUUCAGCAUUUGUCGACAUUCUGACUGAUUGGAAUUCUAUCAAGCCGGGUGAUGUGGACAGCCUGGACAAGUUCUCCAUCGCGCUCACGUCGUGUCUCAACGUGAUGAAAGAUAUACCUCCAGGGUCGAGAGAGACCGACCAUCCAAGAACGAUGCGCAAGAUAGUGGAAAAGCUUCCCUAUCACUGCCAGGACAGCUGGCGCAAUAGAGUGAUACAAAUAAAGGAAGAAGCAAACAGAAAGGUGACAUUUGAAGACAUCGUAGUUUUCGUUGACAGAGAAGUGAGAAAAAUCACAGAUCCCACCUUCGGGAAGCUGACCAAGCCAGAUGGAAGCGGUAAGAAGCCUCAUAUCGUGUCUGCAACAGGUGUCAAUAAGGACGCAUCUCCUCGGGUGAUGACGUGCCUGUACUGUGCCGAGCAGCAUUCAACGGAUUCCUGUGAGAGGCUGAAUCAUGAGCCCUAUGAAAAGAGAAGAACGUUCAUCGUUGAACAAAGACUUUGCUUCGGGUGCCUUCGGCAGCGGCAUCAGAUCAGUGUGUGCACAAAAAGGCUGUCCUGCAAGAUCUGCAAGGGUCGCCAUCCGACUCCGCUGCACAACGACAAGCAGGCAUCUCCUUCCGAAUUUUCUGCUACAAGCAAGCAAAGCAGUGGUAGCAGUGCAGGGCCGGCAGCCGUCGUAAGAAACGGACGAUUGGAAAUAGACGGCGCAGAAGUGGCGGCCGGUGCUCGCGGAGACUCGUCCACAAUGAUGGCAGUGAUACCCGUGUUAGUUCGAUCACCUGACGGCUCACGAUCGGUCGUCACUCAUGCGUUUCUGGACCUCGGGUCAAGUGCAACAUUCUGCACGGAUCUUCUGCUUAAAAGGCUGAACGUCAAGGGAAAAGCGACAAGGCUGACGAUGAUGACUGCUGCUUCUGAAAAUCAGUCCGUACAAUGUCAAGUAGUCGAGGGCUUAUCUAUUACAGGCCUUCAUUCUUCAACUGCUGUUCAGCUGCCACCCACCUACACACUUGAAAGGAUACCAGUUAAACACGAGGACAUCGCAACCCCAGCCGACAUCGGUAAAUGGAUGCAUCUCGAGGGAAUUCCUCUGACACAAGUAGACGCUGAGAUCGGCCUCAUGAUUGGCGGAAACUGUCCCGAAGCUUUGUGUCCACUUGAGGUCAGGAGAGGCGGUGAAGGCGAGCCAUUUGCGUUCCGUUCAGAGCUGGGCUGGGCUGUGUAUGGACCCCGAGAACUCCGAUCCACCAGAGAUCAUGGAGCGGCAAGAGUAAACAGAGUCAGUGUACUCAGAGGUGAUUCUGAUAUUCAUGAGAAGUUCGUCUCGCUAUAUAAUAAGGAAUUCGAAGACAACGGCAGCUCCACCGACGUGGGACUGUCAGUGGAGGACAGAGUGUGGUUGAAAACGGUCGAAUCGGGAACAAACGCUGACGGAAGAAUCGCUCCGCACGCUGUUGUGCGAGGUCGAGUCAAUACUGAAUUCGACUCCAAUCACCACCGUCUCAGGUGAUGCAACAGACUUGCAGCCGCUGACCCCAAAUGACCUUCUCCUGCUGAGGGGCGGUCCUACG